AUGAAGGAGAUGAGGCUGAAAAGGUUGGGAUGGAAAAGGAAAAAAGUAGGAGGGACUGUAUUGAGAAGAGCAAAGAGAAAUAUUCGUCAAUCUUCAACCUACCGUACCAUCAAACACCGAGCCUACGACCUAGUUCUAGAGGACGACCGAAAUUCAGAAGAUGACGAAAAUUUGGAGAUUCCCGUUCAAAUCAAUCAUCCAUUGAUACAAGAUGGCCUGAAAUUGAUUUCAAGUAUCACUGGAAAUCGAAAAACUGGAAUUUCAGCAAGAAUUUUGAGCCCAAGAAUUGCUCCAUUAGCUUCAAGUAAUUCAAGAGGAUUUUUAUCUCCAUCGAUUUUUCCAUUUUAUAAAGAUGAUGUGGAAGAACAAUUUUUGCCAAUUCCAGAUCUCAUUGAAAAAUCCUCGUUCGAAAAAUCAGAAAAAGAUAAGCUCCUAGCAUUUUUGAUGGAAAUUUCUAGAACUCGACCAAUUCUAGAUGAAGCGAUGAAAAUGAUCAAACUUCUGAAUCCUGAAAAACAGUCAUUUUCAAAUGACGAAGAAAAAGAGGCGGUUUUAUCGGCGACUGAUAAAAUGAGUCAGGAUUUUGAGAGUUUGGAAAAAUCACUGAAUCGGGAGCAGAAAAUCGAUUUGAAAGAAAUGGGAUUUUCGCUUCUGGAAAUGCCUCAAAUGAUGGAUUUGUUCGGGAAAUAUGAUGCCUCUUCAAUCCUCUCCCAACCCGAAAUGCAAUCCUACAGUAACUACACCAAAUCCCAACGAAUUUUAUCCCUUUGGAAAUCCAUCGAGAACAUUGCAUACCCUUUCAGACGAGUCAAACGUGGCAGAACCAUAAAAGUGGGAGACGUUACAGUGUACACAGCUCUCAACCCCACCGUAUUCACCCCAUACAUGUUUUCCCCAGUUUAUGGUCUCUCUGUAUUAGGACCUGUUAUCUUCAGUCCCAAUAUUUUCUCUCCCUUGAUCCUAAACCCAUCAGUUUUGUCCCCUUGGAUCUUCUCUCCAGCUGUUCCACUACCCUUCAUUUUGUCCCCCUACGUUCUAUCUCCCUAUAUCUUUUCUCCGUUGGUUAUGGCCCCCUUCAUCUUGAAUCCCUAUGUAUUAUCCCCAAAUAUCUUCAACCCCUAUGUAUUGAGUCCUUUAGUACUGUCUCCCUUAUUUCUAUGUCCUGAUGUGUUCUCUCCAAUGGUCCUCGGCGGUGUUAUUCUCUCCCCAAAUAGUUUUUCACCUGCGAUUUUCUCAAAGUCCUACAUUAUGGCAGCGGUUCUCUCGCCUACUGUAUUGUCGUGA